AUGCUUCGACCAGAAUUGAUCGUACCACCAAUUGUUGAGAAACUUUUCGCAUCAAUUGAUAAUACGAAUGAACCACAUCGAUUCACAUCAAUCAUGACUUGUCUAACACGUAUAACUCGUCAAUUAGUACGACAAACAUCUUGUUAUUCUCAAGGACAAACCUAUGUGUUACCAUUAAUUACGUCCGUAUUACCUGGUAUUGAUUUGAAUGAUUUCAAAAAGACAUUAGUUACAUUGGAAUUUCUCGAUACAAUUUUUAUGCUUAUUACAUGUGUUGAUUGUUCAUCAGCAAUACAUAUUCGAAAUGAUCUAACCGAGAUGAUUCGAGAGAAGAUAACAGAUUUUCUUACUCAUGCAUGUUGGCCUUCUAAAGUGAGAAAACUUGUUACUGGUCUUGUUCGAGCUAUUGUCAUGGGCGACUCAGUCGAAACACUCAAGUAUCUCUUACCAAAAACAUGUGAAUCUAUCAACAAGAUCAUAAAUGACUCAGAAGGAAAUGUUUUAUUAAACGAUCACAAAGGUGACAAAGAACUUACCUGGUAUUUAGUUCUCUUCUCGGAACUCGUUCGUGCUCGUGGUGAUACUCUAAUGAUUUACAAAGAAACAAUUAUCUCGGUGUUUCAUCGAUGUAUACAAAUUAUUCACAAAGGUUCAUAUAAAGCUAUUGCUAGUGCAGCUAAGCAUAUUCUCAAAUCGCUCACUCAUGUAUAUAUAAUUGAUACUCGAUUGGCGAUUGAGAAUAUCGAUGAAUCAUUUAUCGACUUUUUGCCAAUUCGAGCAUGGGGUCAACCUACCAAUGCCGAUCAAGUCCAAGUUCAAUAUCAUAUACCUAAUGACGACGAACUUGAUUUCGUCCGUGAAUUUGUUGAGACAUUCAUGUCAUGGAGACAGCAAGAGAUGGCAAUGUCUUUCCUUUGUCUUCUUCUUCAAAAACAUGUACCAAUUCCAUCAUCUUGUAUUCAUACAUUUGUUGAUCUUCUUGUCCAUGAUAAUAUUGAAUUGAGAAAGUAUGCUGUAAAGAGCAUAGCAGCAAUUUGUCGUUUGCAAAAGCCACCUAGAAUCUAUGUUGAAAAAUCUAUUGACGAAGUUCUUCAUGAACACAAUAACGGGUCGUCAACAGUUAUCAUACGUGAUGAAUGUAAUCCGGGCGAUCGUGAUGAUAAUUUAUGGAUAACAAUUGAUGGUUAUAAACCACCCAAUACUCAAGCUGAAUGGGAACAAAUGUGCUUUUUGGAUAAAACGUUUCAUGGUUAUUACACAUGGCCUAAAAUGAUUAAAUAUCCAAUGAAUAAACGAGCACGUUACACACAAAAUGAUAUGCCAGAACAAGUGACCAUCAUAUAUAAUCGUUUUAUUGACAAAAACUUUGUUAUACAAUCAACAAACUUAAUGGUUUCAGAUGAAAAUACCGACGAGAUCAAUUUCAAUUAUGUCCGAUAUACUAUGUUCAAGGAACAUGGAGAUCCUCGUCGAAUGUAUCAACUUAUUGAUUUUAUUCGUACAUUGAUCAAUAAUCAAAUCAAUUCGAAUACUUUCACUGAAACAUCUCGUUGGUCUCUCAUUCAAACUUUGAAAAUGUUUCAAUGGCGUAUUCCGUCAAUUUGGUGUACUAUACAUGAACAUGCCAAAGAACUACUUGAUUAUUCGUUCAAACCUGUCCGUGAACAUAUUGCCAAGUAA